AUGCCGCCUCUUUCCAUGUAUUGCCUCUGGCUGAUGCCAUCUCCUACCGACCACGAACGUCUCUCCGUGCAGAUCAAGAAGCUCGCAGACCGGUCACCUGCAGACGAUCCAUCACCGGUCUUUGACCCGCACGUUACCUUUCUCUCGGGGUUGUCCUUGGAGACGGACGUAGAGGUGCUGAAACGUUAUGUCAAGCGAGGUCUCAAGGCCUGGUGGAACGAAAGCGAGGGUUCUUUCGGGGACGGCCAGGGCAAGUCGGGUUCAUCGCAGCUGAACUCGUACUUGAACUUGAACUUGGACUUGGAAAAACCGAUCAACGGCGGGUCGUUUUAUACCGCCAUGAUCUACCCCGUCGCACAAGAACCCACAAAACCCAGCUCAUCGGACGAACACCAACCUCAUACUCCAUCUCCAUCUACCCCAUUCGACCGCCUGCUGACCGGCCGGACGACCCUCCAGAACCUCCUCUCCCGCUAUUACCCUCCUCAACCUGAAGGCUAUGAACCAAAACCAUAUUUCCCUCACCUUUCCUUGCAAUACUCUUCGUUACCCAAAUCAGACUUAGAGCCCAUCACCCGUCAAUUUAUCGUCGAAGAAGAGCGAGAAUCGACCUUGGCGAGCAAGGUAGAGCUGGAUAGAUGUGCUCUGGUGCGGCUUGAUGGGGAGGUGCGGGAAUGGGAGGUCGUGGCGGUUUACGAGCUGGAUGGGGAAGAGAUACAGUACGAGUAG